GCUGGGCAUCUUUUGUUCUCAAAGCCCCUCGUGUAUCUCAACGGCUUUUCUCCUUCUCUCUCUCUUGGCGUCCCAGUGGCAUUUGCAUUCAAAACCUUGAACAGGUUGAGAUUUGGCUAACGCUGCAACAUGGAGGCUCCUCGUUUCAAGCUCGUUCUUGUCGGUGACGGUGGUACCGGCAAGACCACCUUUGUGAAGCGCCAUCUUACUGGCGAGUUUGAGAAGAAAUACGUCGCCACGCUCGGUGCGGACGUGCAUCCCCUGAGCUUCCAGACCAACUGUGGCCCCAUCAUCUUUGACGUCUGGGACACGGCUGGCCAGGAGAAGUUUGGUGGCCUCCGCGAUGGUUACUACAUUCAUGGCAAGUGCGCCAUCAUCAUGUUUGACGUCACGGCCCGUGUGACGUACAAGAACGUGCCCAACUGGCAUCGUGACCUGGUUCGCGUGUGUGAGAACAUUCCCAUGGUUCUCUGCGGCAACAAGGUUGACAUGAAGGACCGCAAGGUCAAGGCCAAGCAGAUUACCUUUCAUCGCAAGAAAAUGCUUCAGUACUACGACAUUUCCGCCAAGUCCAACUUCAACUUUGAGAAGCCCUUCCUCUGGCUGGCCCGCCGUCUUUCAGGCCAGCCCAACCUUGAGUUUGUUGCUGCCCCGGCCCUUCGUCCCGCUGAGGUCGAGAUUGACCACGCUGCUAUGCAGCGCGCUGAGGAGGAGAUGCGUAUGGCCCAGCAGGCUGAGCUUCCUGAUGACGAUGAUGAUGACUUGUAAACGGCCCAGCGCCACGCGCUCCUUGCCGCUUCUCUCUAUCUCGCUGUCUUGCUCGUUUCCUCUCUUCUACCCUAUUCUUUUCCCUCGCUUGCUUGGCUUUUAGUACGCCGUUCCUACUUUCCCAUCCCCCCAUGUUGUUUUGUUCCCAGCGGCCGAUUGGCUCGUGUUUGUGGGUAUUCCAGUCGGCUCAUGUGCACGCGGAAAGAAGAAAAUUGUCAAAAAUUUUGGGAU